GCGAGUGACUGAAUUAUGUCGUUUGUGGGGAUCUCACCCCCCAUCCCCACGCUCCUCUCCACAACUCAAUGUCCAGUUAUCGCCUCCUCUCACUGGCUGAUGAUUCGCCCCCAGACAUGCGUACGCAACCCCGGACCCCCUUUACACCCCAGAGCAAUUAGCGCUCGUUUAACUUGGCUCUAGCAGUGCGGAUCUUGCGGAGAAGGACUGUGGGCCAUGUCUCUUUCCCUUAUAUACCUGCACGACCCUUAUCUGAGCUGCAGUCGUUUUCUCCUCACUCUUCUCUCCCCCACAAAUCAUUUGAAAAGUCGCCAGCGGUCGCGGCAAAUCUUCAAUACUUACUUCAACAAGUCGACACCUUUAGAAGCAGCGAGGUCCGCUGAUCAGAAGACAUGCCCUCCAUCGAGAUGACGGAGGACGUCCGUCCUUCUACCUCUCCCAAGACUCACGCAGAGACGCAUAUCGAGAAAAACAGCAGCGAAUAUUUCGAGAAGGUAGAAGAGGGACCCUCUUCGUAUGCCGAUAAUGCUGCAGCAUCUCUCUCACAAUCACACCAAGACUAUCUUAUCCAACGCCAUGGAACCCUAAAUCUGGAUCCUAUUCCCAGCUCUUCGGCCGCAGACCCAUACAACUGGCCCUUGUGGAAGAAACUUGCCAAUCUCAUUCUCGUUGCCUUCCAUGCCUGCAUGGCUACCUUCACAGCCUCCAUUAUUCCCGCCUACUCCAGCAUUGCAGAAGACCUUGGCGUAUCCAUGCAGAGAGCCAGUUACCUUACCUCAUUACAGAUCGCCAUCCUGGGAGGUGCACCACUAUUCUGGAAGCCAUUGUCCAACCGCUACGGACGUCGACCAAUCUUCCUCCUAUCUCUCAUCUGCAGUCUGGUGUGCAACAUCGGCUGUGCCAAGAGCCCCACAUACGCAUCUCUGGCUGCAUGCAGAGCCCUAACGGCGUUUUUCAUCUCCCCUGCAGCCGCGAUCGGUAGCGCUGUGGUUACAGAGACAUUCUUCAGGAAGGAUAGAGGCCGUUACCUUGGUGUCUGGACAUUGAUGGUUACCCUGGGUGUUCCUGUUGGGCCCCUGAUUUACGGUUUCAUCACCUACAGAGUUGGCUGGCGAUGGAUGUUCUGGGUCUUGGCUAUCAUCAACGGCGUCCAGUUCAUCUUGUACCUGUUUUUCGGCCCCGAGACCCGGUACAUCGGCAGCAGUGCGGAGGGUAUCUCCGACUUCAAAGCUCAAUAUCUCUCCUUCCGCCGGAUCGACCCGACUCCUCUGACCUUCCGCGAAUUUCUUCAUCCCCUGUCCAUGGCCAAGAAACCCAGUGUUAUGAUUCCCGCAUGUGCCUACGCUAUGGUCUUCUUGUUCGGCAGUGUCAUGAUCACUGUGGAAGUCCCUCAGCUUGUGCAAGUCAAAUUUGGACUCAACGCUGAGCAGCUCGGACUUCAAUUCAUUGGCGUCAUUAUCGGUACUGUUCUGGGUGAACAGAUUGGUGGCACCAUGUCUGAUAUCUGGAUGCGUCGCCGGGCACGCAAGAUCCAGCACCGGCCUGAGCCCGAAUAUCGCCUCUGGCUCGGCUACCCUGGUGUCAUCCUCACAAUUGUGGGCGUGAUUGUGUUUUUAGUGACUAUCCAAGAGGCCAAGGCCGAUCAUUGGGUCGUGUCCCCUCUUGUGGGUACCGCUAUUGCUGCCUUUGGCAACCAGCUGGUGACGACUGUCAUGGUUACUUAUGCCGUCGACUGCUACCCUGAAGAUUCGGGCAGUGUCGGUGUCUUCAUCACCUUUGUCCGUCAGAUGUGGGGCUUCAUUGGUCCUUUCUGGUUCCCCGACAUGUUCGAUAAUGUGGGUAUCGCCGCCAGCUCGGGGGUGGGCAGUGCCUUGAUGUUCCUUGUCAGCUUCUUGCCCAUUAUUGCGGUGCAGAUCUAUGGAAAGAAGUGGCGUCCAGCCGCUUAGUAUAUGGCUUUACGAUUUCUAGCGUAUUUAUGAUUUGUUCAAUUUCAAUUUCUCAAGAUAGUCAUUUUCAUCAAGAUUCAUAUGGUAGUGUACCGUAACAAGUGAGGACAAGAUUUAGUCAUAUUACAUUCCAG